GAUGAAUUUAGUGUUCUUAAUUUUAUUAAAAUUCCCAUUUUUUUUUUUUCAAAUCUUUCUGGUUAAGAUUUGCAUGAUCUGAUUGAUUUUAUUAUGUUUUAACAUGGACCGAACAGCCUCUUUUCAAAUCUUUAUUAAGAGAGCAAAAUCUUACUGUGGAGUUGUAUCAGUAUGCAGUGAUUAAAAGGGUUUGUGUGUAAAUUCAGUUUAGUUUAAUUGAAAUUGCGUUUUGCUGACUGGAAGCCUCACUUUGCACCGAAAUGUUGACAUUUUUUGUUUCUGCACCUUGUGAGGUCAACUUUUUUUUUUUUCCUCCUUUUUAACAGUGAAAUAUUAGCUUGAUUUGGUUCAUGUUGUAACAACAAACAAACAUAAUGAUUAUAGUGGUUUUAAGGUUUGUUGGAACAAAGUUAUCUUUUCUUGUUCUUUGAUACAACUUGGUGACAUAUUAAAAAGAAAAGUCAAUUUUCUUUUUGACUCUUUUGAUAACUUGUUGCUGAUGUGUAGGGCAUUGUCCGUGGUUUGUCUAGAAGUUUUCUUGCUUUUGCUCUUUCUCUUUUAAUAUAAUCCAGGUUGUGUAUGGAGUUUAUUAGGCAUGUCUUGUCUCAUUGGUUCCGAAUCUUGCUUUUGAAAAUGAAUAUCAAUUUACUCGGAUCAGGGGUGUUUUAAAAGAUUGAAAUGCAUAGGUUUAUGCCCUUUUUUUGUCGAUGCGAAUAGUCGGAGUUGAUUGAUUUUGUGACUGAUAGUUUAUAAAUAAGAACUAAUAAUUAUAAUAAGGUUAUGGGUUGGUGGUUGAGUGGAGAACCUUAGAGUACAAACUAGUAGAAAAAUAGUAUUAGAGAAGCAUGUUAAGAUCUCUUGAGAGGGAGAACUAGAUCAACUAAUAUCAUUAGAGAAGCAAGUAGAAGGUUGAGAGAUAUUAGCUGCAUCAAUCAGGAUAGGAGGUGAAGUACGAAAGUGAGAAGAGUCCUGUUAGUGGAGAGACAAAAAGGAUUGAGAGGUUGAAAGGUGUUCAGGCAUGUAGAAGGAUCAAAUGUGCCAACUUAUGCAAUAUUUAUGCAUAGGAAAAAUUAAGGAUACUUUCUUGCAUUAAAAGUUCUGAACUUCUGAAUGGACCGUAAUCCUUAUGCUGAAGGGCCUUUAUAGAAUCUAAAUAGAAAAAGCAAAGUACAGAGUGCCUGGAAGCAGAGGGUUCUAGUGGAAGUUUCUAUUCUUUCAUUGUUUCCCAAUUUAAGAGGAUAGGUAUCUCCUGGAUUAGCUGUUUUCUUUCAUACCUUCCCCCCCUAUCAAGUUUCCUUUUCAUUUUCCCCCUGAAUCUUGGAUAUCCCCAUUUCAUUUCCUCAUCCUUAUUAAGGAAACGUUAAUACUUUUUCAGUAAAUACUUAAGCCUCCUCGGAAAAAGGGUCAGUCAUGGUUAACAUCCUUUAAUUGAGCGACAAUUUGUUGAGGGGUGGAACAUGGAUGUUUAUUCUGAGGAGGAAAAAACUGAGGAUUACCUCUUUAAAAUUGUUUUAAUUGGCGAUUCAGCUGUUGGCAAAUCAAAUUUGCUUGCUAGGUUUGCUAGAGAUGAAUUUUAUCCCAAUUCAAAAUCAACUAUAGGAGUAGAGUUUCAAACCCAAAAGAUGGAUAUUAAUGGCAAGGAAGUUAAAGCACAGAUAUGGGACACAGCAGGUCAAGAGCGGUUUAGGGCUGUUACCUCUGCAUACUACAGAGGUGCGGUAGGAGCUCUCCUGGUCUAUGACAUAAGUAGGCGCCAGACGUUCGACAGUGUUGGCAAAUGGCUUAAUGAGCUUCACACUCAUUCUGACAUGAACGUAGUAACAAUACUUGUUGGCAACAAGUCCGAUUUGAAGGAUGCCAGAGAGGUAUCCACAGCCGAAGGGAAGGCUCUGGCAGAGACACAGGAUUUAUUUUUCAUGGAAACUUCAGCUCUUGAUUCCUCCAACGUCACUGCUGCCUUUCAGACAGUUGUUAGAGAGAUUUACAAUAUAUUAAGCCGGAAAGUAAUGUCUAAUGAAUUCAACAAACAGGAUGCUCCCUUGAUGGGAAAUGGUAAGACGGUGGUUUUACAAGGAGAUGGGAGCCAAGAAGCCAUUGCAGAGCCUAGAAAUGGAGGAGGAUGUUGUUAAUCUUAAAGCUUAAAGCCAGAUGACCCCAUAAGCUCAGGUUAAAUAUUUUGUAUUACUUGUUGUACUGGUCUUUAUUUGCUCCUGAUGUCACCCAUGUUUAUUCUUCUCCCCCUCCAUUGGCCAUUUUCCUGAUUCAAUUGAAAAAUUUCUUUAGCAGCAUUCAUCUUGUUCUGAUUUCUGAUGGCUAAAGAGAGUGUAAAUGACUGGAAGGAGCGAGUAAAAAUUAUUACAGUAGUUGACCACUAAUUAGUGUUACAAAGGCAUUGUCUUAUUUCCUGCUGUAGAUUUUCCUAUAAAUGGUUGACUUGGAUGAACCGGAAAUUGCUCAGUUACUACCUUGUUUUUGUUUUGGCUGCUGAAUUUCUAUUGUUGAAGUCAUUUGACAUGUUCAUAACAAUCAAAUAGGUACCUAAUUGGGGUAAUUACUAUA